AUGGUUGUUAUUCAAGAAGGACGAAAAUGGCAUCGAGGUGUCGUGCUUCAGAUUCGAGGAGACGGAAUGGUCUCAGUCGGUCUAAAAGACUGGGGCCGCCUGGUAGAACGACGCCACUUCGAGAUCUAUGUACUAGAACAUAGGUAUCGCGAGCUGGAGUGGCAAGCCAUCCCAUGCGCAUUAGCGCACAUCGGGCCUUAUCAGCCAAAAGACACGUGGCUCCGUCGAGCAAGAGAACUAACUAAAUUUUUGAUUGAUCGACGUGAGGCGUGGAUUAGCAUCGUAGGAGACGUGGAAGAAGAAGCAGCAAUAGUAAACUUAGAAAUAAGGAACGAGUGCGGGACCAAAAUGAAAAAUGUUAAGGACAUACUCAUAGAUUUAGGACACGCACAGCAUACAGAAGGGAUGUUAGAACCCGUGGAACCCUCGAUCUAA